GACAAACUUAAGGUGAGGAGCCAGAGCACUAGCUUCACUUCAACUUCAGCUUCCAACUUCAGUGGAACUUGAGAGCAUCCAAACUUCUGCAUUUCAGGAAAAGUGAAGAAGACUCUGAGCUCCAAAGAUGAAGAGUCUACUUCCUCUGGUGCUGAUCUCUAUCUGCUGGGCUGAUCAUCAUUCGGACAACUACACUCUGGAUCAUGACAGAGUUAUUCACAUUCAAGCAGAAAAUGGCCCCCGUCUCCUUGUGGAAGCAGAGCAAGCCAAGGUCUUCUCACACAGAGGUGGCAAUGUUACACUGCCAUGUAAAUUUUAUCGAGAUCCUACAGCCUUUGGCUCAGGCAUCCACAAAAUCCGAAUUAAGUGGACCAAGCUAACUUCAGAUUACCUCAAGGAAGUCGAUGUUUUUGUUUCCAUGGGAUAUCACAAGAAAACCUAUGGAGGCUACCAGGGUAGAGUGUUUCUGAAGGGAGGCAGUGACAAUGAUGCUUCUCUGGUCAUCACAGACCUCACCCUGGAGGAUUAUGGGAGAUACAAGUGUGAGGUGAUUGAAGGAUUAGAAGAUGACACUGCGGUGGUAGCAUUAGAUUUACAAGGUGUGGUGUUCCCUUAUUUUCCACGACUAGGGCGCUAUAAUCUCAAUUUUCACGAGGCACGACAGGCUUGUCUGGACCAAGAUGCUGUGAUUGCCUCCUUUGACCAGCUCUACGAUGCCUGGCGGGGUGGGCUGGACUGGUGCAAUGCAGGCUGGCUCAGCGAUGGGUCUGUGCAGUACCCCAUCACAAAGCCACGAGAGCCCUGUGGGGGCCAGAACACGGUUCCUGGCGUCAGGAACUAUGGAUUCUGGGAUAAAGAUAAAAGCAGAUAUGAUGUCUUCUGUUUUACAUCCAACUUCAAUGGCCGUUUCUACUAUCUCAUCCACCCUACCAAGCUGACCUACGACGAAGCCGUGCAAGCAUGUGUCAACGAUGGUGCUCAGAUUGCCAAAGUGGGCCAGAUAUUUGCUGCCUGGAAACUUCUGGGCUAUGACCGCUGCGAUGCGGGCUGGCUGGCGGACGGCAGCGUCCGCUACCCGAUCUCUAGGCCAAGAAGGCGCUGCAGUCCCACCGAGGCUGCCGUGCGCUUUGUGGGAUUCCCAGAUAAAAAGCAUAAGCUGUACGGUGUCUACUGCUUCCGAGCGUACAACUGAGUGUGCCCUCCCGCACACUCUCUGUGAGGCUUAAAGUUAUUAAGAACAUGUGAAAGGUUUUGUUUGUUUUCGAUAUGAACUUACGCAAGUUACCAAAACUGUGAUAACCCUUUUUUACUUACUGUAAAGAGUCAUUUUCAUAAAGACCAACUCAUUAAUUUGUUUUUGUAAAAGUAUCAUUCAAUAUGUAUUGUAAAUUAAUAUAAUUUUAAAGGGAAGCUCUACAUGAGAAGGCUUUACAGCCAAACUCUCUUAGCUACAUCAUCCCCACCGAGUAUUCUUUCUUAAAAGGGGCAUUUCAUCGCUUGGAUAAUGCUAGGAUUCUAUGAAAGCAAGUAGAGCUACUCAGAGCAGCAACUUCCACAAGCACAAGUUUUACACCUUUCUACAAUUUUGAAAUGCAGUACCAUAUAUCCGAGUAGCAAGUUUGCCAUCCAGGCUUCAUUACAAGAACUGAGAUUGUGAGAAGUUACACAAGGCUCAGUUGCACAAGGGAACAAUCUAGGCUUUUCUAAAAGUUAUUAUUUCAAUUCUCCAGAAGACAGUUUAUUUUCCUUUGGAAUCCUUUCCAUUUUGAUGAAAAAAAGGAAAAGAUCAUAUGAACUCAAAUGCAUAGUAACAAGCACAGUUUACACCCCUCAACUAUUCCAUUUAUAUAGAGUAUGAAAAUUAAAUAAGCAUAGUAUUUAAUCCAUGAGAGACCCCUGCCUUCUUCUAACAAAAAGUAUACAUGCCUGAGAAGAAUUGUUUUAUGUUUUGAGUAGCUUUACUGAGUUAUAUUUAAAAUACUAGGGGCCCUUUGAUAAGCAGCAUUUAGCACCUACUCAGGGCAGUUACAUAGAUAAACUGCUGGACAGAUAAAUUGUAAGAUUUAGCAGCUUGGUUUUAUCUUAGCCUAUGAAAUGUUAUUGUCCUGUAAAAAUAACUUUAAACUAUUUAAUAUUUCUUUCUUACAUUAUAUGGAAAAUUAAAUCAUAAAAGGAAGAAUGAGUAACUAUAUACUUGCCUAACUAAGAAACCAAGAUCCAACUUUCAAAAUUCUUAUUCCUAUUUGUAUAUGUAACUAGAAAAGCCCAAAUGGUGCCUGUGUUUUGGGAAACAAAUAUAAAAAAACAACCUAGUUCUAAACCUUCUCCUACAUAGAAGAUGUUCAAUGCCACUUUCCUGGCAGGUGAUCAUCAAGCAUAAAUGCUGAAGCUGUCAUCAAAGAGUUUACACUAAAUCUUCAGGGCUUUCAAUUACAAGUCCCACUUCAGAAAAACAGCUUUCAUAUUAGCAGCUCCGAUCUUAAAUAAAGCUCUGUUUUCCUACAUUUUUAUGACUCAAGACCCGAUAGGGACCAAUAUUUGU